AGACGGCGAGGCAGCUUGAACUAGAAACGAUAUUUUCUUCGGCUGCGUGUUUUAUGCACAUUUCGUUAAAGGUUGCACUGUCCAUUAGACUUACAGCAGCAGUAUCAAUAAAGUUUAGUCAGCGGGGAGCGUUAAAAGACGCCUGGUAGUCUGCUGCCGCUACUGCUGUUGGUGCUUGUUGCACUUAGCUUGGCUCACUGAUAGCCGAGGUCAGUUCGGAUUCGCGCUGCAUUGUAGGGUUUUGGGGUAAAUCUUUACUCAUGACUAUGACUGCAGAAGAGCAGAUGAGCGAAGGGCAACACACCAUCCCCAUGGAGGGCGAAGACAUCACACCAAAGAAAGAUGGAGGUGUUUUUAAGCUUAUCAAAAGAGAAGGGACAGGUACAGAGCUCCCUAUGACUGGUGACAAGGUGUUUGUUCAUUAUGUGGGGACACUUCUGGAUGGGACACAUUUUGACUCCAGCAGAGACAGGGGAACCAAGUUUUCCUUUGAACUGGGCAAAGGGCAAGUUAUAAAGGCAUGGGAUAUUGGUGUGGCCACCAUGAAAGUGGGAGAGCUGUGCCAGUUCACCUGUAAGCCAGAGUAUGCAUAUGGAUCUGCAGGCAGCCCACCAAAGAUCCCUCCCAAUGCCACUCUGGUGUUUGAGGUGGAACUGUUUGAAUUCCAAGGGGAGGACAUAACAGAGGAUGAGGAUGGAGGGAUCAUCCGGCGAAUCAUCACUAAGGGGGAGAAUUAUUCUAAGCCUAAUGAAGGAGCUGCUGUUGAAGUUACUUUGGAGGGCACCUGUGAUGGUCGUGUUUUUGAUGAGAGAGAGCUGAAGUUUGAGAUCGGGGAUGGGGAGGCUUUUGGUUUGCCAGCAGGUGUGGAGAAAUCCAUCAUGGCUAUGGAGCAGGGGGAAGAGGCACUCUUCACCAUCAAACCUAAAUAUGGUUUUGGGAAUGCAGGGAAUGAGAAGUACAACAUUCCCGGUGGAGCAACACUGAAAUACAAGAUAAAGCUGACGGCCUUUGAGAAGGCUAAAGAAUCAUGGGAAAUGAACACCAUAGAAAAGCUGGAGCAGAGCAGCAUUGUCAAAGAGAAGGGAACACAGAAUUUUAAGGAGGGAAAAUACAAGAAGGCAUCUGUGCAGUACAAAAAGAUUGUAUCCUGGUUGGAACACGAGUCAAGCCUGUCUGAGGAAGACGAAGCGAAAGCAAAAGCUUUGCGUCUGGCUGCACACUUGAACUUGGCCAUGUGCUACCUUAAACUGCAGGAGUCAAACCAAGCCUUUGAAAACUGCGAAAAGGCACUGGAGUUGGAUUCCUCCAAUGAAAAGGCUUUAUUUCGGAGGGCGGAGGCGCUGUUUUGUAUGAAGGAGUUUGAGAGAGCAAGAGAUGACUUCCAGAGGGUUGUUCAGCUGUAUCCUGCUAACAAGGCCGCAAAGAGUCAGGUGGUUCUAUGUCAGAAACGUAUUAAAGAGCAGCACGAGAAGGACAAGCGCACUUAUGCCAACAUGUUUCAGAAGUUUGCUGAGAGGGAUUCAAAGAAACAAGCAGAGAAAGUGAAAAGCGACAGCAAAGAGAAUGAGGAUGAAGAAAUGGAGGUUGAAAAUGGAGAAAAAGAAGCGAGUGAAGCAAAACCAUAGAUGUCAAAUGGUUCAACUGUACUGAGACUUUUGUAACUGGCCAUUUGUGUUUUAAGAUGCGUGUGUGUGUGUGUGUGUGUGUGUGUGUGUGUGAGAGAGAGAGAGAGAAUCACUGCGAGAGUACUGACCUUGGGCAUGUUUUUGGCCUUUCAUCGGGUUUGAGCUCGUUGGUGUGGCAGCUAGCUGAGUGAGUGGGGCUUCCUCAGCUGAUGGCACUGGGAUAUGGAUUUUCAUAAAUGAACCAUGUACCAUGACCCUGGCUCUGAACCCUUUUAGCCCAUAGCUUUGAACGGUGCAUGUGAUUUCACAGAAAUGAGUAGGAACUAAAGAGCAUCCCAGGUGUUGUGCACAGCAUUUUAAACUCCUCACCCAUAAAGGGCUAGACCAUUUACCUUGUACCGCCUUUUGUCCCAUCAUCCUCCGAUGUUUUAGCGAUCCAUCCAAGCCUCCGCUCAUGGGCCUACUGAUCAAUUUCUGGAGCUGUGAUGGCUGUUUGCAUAGAUCUGAUGUGUUCUGAAUGCUGGUGCCUGUGUUCUAAAGUAUGUACGUAGCAGCUCUGUGGGCUGGCAGAGUAAUAAAGCAAACCUGGAAUAGGUCUGGCGUUGAGCCGCUCUUAGCAUAAAGAUGAAGCUCUCUUUAAACCCCUAGGGUGCAGGACUGUUCACUUAUUCUUUGGAAAUAUUGACUUUGUACCUUUUAUUUUUCUCUUUCUGGUGUUGUACUUGUGAUUUCUGUGUUUUCAAACACAAUUACAAAAUAGAACUGAUUACACAACUCAAAUGUGUGCAUAUGACCUGUUCUUUUUAGUCAGUGGUACCUACAGGGAAAUAUUAAAUUAGAUGUCUAAUUUAAUACAUGCUUUUCUGAGUUUCUUUGCUGGGGAAAGUCACUGCAUGAUGUGUCCUAACAGAAGAAUUUAAUAAACUAAAUAAAACUGG